CUCGAUAGUGACUGCGCCACCUAUAGUUAACAAAUAGAAACUAAACUUAACUUAGAUAAGAACCAUUAAGAAUAUUCAUCCGCUAGGUGUCAACCGCUGACCUAGUUCCCUCGCCUAGUAAAAAUAGCGGUCGACAAUAGCUCAAACACUAUUUAUAGUGCGUAUCUAAAAAAAUCUUAAAUCACACACUGUUAUCUCGGUUGUUUUUUUUUAAACAUCACUCGAAUACCGUCCGUGUGUCAGUCACGUCGUGGUCCGUAACGCGCAACUCACAAAACCUACCUAUACAACAUAAGUGCCACCGUAAUCGAUAAAACCUCGCGUUACAGACAAUCAGUUGUUUUUUCGUGAAUACCAGUGCCCUUUUAGUUGCCGCUAGAGAUUUUAGUUUAGUAAACAAGGGAACAUGUUAUAUUAGUGUUUUAAAGUGUUAGAUACAAUGGAAAGUGUUAAAAGGUACAUAAGGAGUGAGUCUGCGAGUUGCGCUCAUAUGGUUGAAGAAAGCACUGCGAAUAAUAGGAAGACGGCUGACCCACACGAGAAGCUGAAGGCGCUGCUGAACUCCCCCGAAGAUGACACGGACGACACCCUGCCUCCGUCAGACGCCCCCAAGUUCGGGACCGUCAUACACAAUAGAAUCUUCGUGGGAGGGUUCUCUCUGACCACGACUGACGAGGACCUGUGGAAGUUCUUCUCAGGUUUCGCGACCGUCACAGCCGCCAGGGUGAUCUACGACCGUGCUGGUGUCUCCAAGUGUUAUGGUUUCGUCACAUUCGCCAGCCCCAGAGUCGCGAGGCUGAUCGUCAAACAGCUAGCACAUCUGAAUGACAUAUGA